UUUGUAAAGUCCAUUUUAUUUACUUUUUAUGUUAUUGCUUAUACAAGCAUACUCAUAAAUAUUUUACCUCAAUAGGUUCUAAAUAUUUGGUAAUGGGAAAUAUAAAGUAUAAUAGACUCAAUGAUUUAAUAUUAAGGUAAUUCUUAUUAUAGUAUUAGUAAUAAAAAUAUUCUACCAUGAUUAGAAGGCAAAUUAGAUAUGAGGGAAAUAAUCAAUAAAAUCUCCUCGAUUUAGGAAUGGCCAUUCAAUUGAAUACUAAAGAUCUAAAAUCUCAUUGUAAUACAAGUAAUGAAUACGAUAUAUCUUAUAAGGUUUAGCGCUUUUUGAUUAUUUAAAAGUAAAGGAUCUGGUUUCAUAGAAUUCUUUAGGCUGUCAAUUUAACAAUAACUUUAUUUGUGUAAUAAAAUAUUUCAUUUGCUUCUACAAAAGGCUCCGCUGAUAUAUUUUAAAAAAGAAUUAAUCUGGAGGAAUUGUUUUUAUUAAAUCAAUAAAACAAUUCAAAAUGAUAUUAAUUGAUUAAAAUUCGAUAUUUUAACAUAAUCUUAACCCUAAUUAGAUUAGUCAAUUGUAGAUACCAUUUAAGAGAGUGUAAUCGAUAAUUUGCAAUACUUAUAAGGGUUACAAUACUUGUGG